CCGCAGAGCCCGCCCGGCUCCGGCCUCCCGGGGCUGCGGUGCCGCUCGCUCGGCUGCGCCUCCGCCGUCCUCCCGCCGGACGAGGUGUUAUAAUUUCAAGAAAUGCAGUGACAUAUUUGAAGAACAACACUCACAGAAACUUCUGUUGUGUGAAAAUUUUUAAAACUAGAAUGGCCUUGAAAAAGGCACCUAAACUAUUUAAGACAUUUUUUCAUUGGAAACUUUGGAAGUUUAGCAUUAUUGUGUUUGUCUUUCUGGUAUUUUUAUUUUUAUUACAAAGAGAAGUGGGUGUUCAAGAUUUUAAGGAUGAAGCAGGGAUUGAGCCAGUUGUUGGAAAGAAAAGUCAUGUAUUAGGUCUUGUGUUAAAUGCUAUGAACAAUAUCAAAGGUGCAAAGCCAAAAAUGCAGAUAAAAGCACCCAUUAGGCAAACUAAGGUUCCUGGAGAGAGACACUGUUUGCCAGGGCACUAUACUCCAGUGGAACUGAAACCCUUUCUAGAUCGGCCCCUUCAAGAUCCUAACGCUCCUGGAGCUUCUGGCAAAGCAUUUAAAACCAUCAACUUAAAUUCAGAAGAGCAGAAAGAAAAACAGGCUGGAGAAGAGAAACACUGUUUUAAUGCAUUUGCAAGUGAUAGGAUUUCUUUACACCGAGAUCUUGGACCAGACACUCGACCUCCUGAAUGUAUUGAGCAAAAAUUUAAGCGUUGCCCGCCAUUGCCAACCACCAGCAUUAUCAUUGUUUUCCAUAAUGAAGCGUGGUCAACUCUGCUCAGAACUGUCCACAGCGUGAUGUACACAUCUCCCGCCAUACUGCUGAAAGAGAUUAUUUUGGUGGAUGAUGCCAGCGUAGAUGAGUACCUGCAUGAUAAACUAGAUGAAUAUGUGAAGCAGUUUCAGAUAGUUAAAGUUGUCCGUCAGAAGGAAAGGAAAGGUCUGAUCACUGCACGGUUGUUGGGAGCUUCAGUAGCAACAGGAGAGACCCUCACCUUCCUGGAUGCUCAUUGUGAAUGCUUUUAUGGCUGGUUAGAGCCAUUAUUGGCAAGAAUAGCUGAGAAUCCUGUUGCUGUUGUAAGCCCUGACAUUGCUUCUAUUGAUCUCAAUACCUUUGAAUUCAGUAAACCAUCUCCUUAUGGGCAUAGCCACAACAGAGGUAAUUUUGACUGGAGUUUGUCAUUUGGAUGGGAGUCUCUUCCUAAACAUGAGAAUAAAAGAAGAAAGGAUGAAACCUAUCCAAUUAGAACACCUACCUUUGCUGGAGGCCUCUUUUCAAUAUCGAAAGACUACUUUGAAUACAUUGGAAGCUAUGAUGAAGAAAUGGAAAUAUGGGGAGGUGAAAAUAUAGAAAUGUCUUUCAGAGUAUGGCAAUGUGGUGGACAGUUGGAGAUCAUGCCUUGCUCUGUUGUUGGCCAUGUCUUUCGCAGCAAGAGUCCCCAUACUUUCCCAAAAGGUACUCAGGUGAUCACACGUAAUCAAGUUCGCCUUGCAGAAGUGUGGAUGGAUGAAUAUAAAGAAAUAUUUUACCGAAGAAACACAGAGGCAGCAAAAAUUGUGAAACAAAAAACAUUUGGAGACAUAUCAAAAAGAAUUGAUUUAAGGCAGCGCCUGCAGUGUAAAAAUUUUACCUGGUACCUCAGUAAUGUUUAUCCAGAAGCAUAUGUGCCAGACCUGAAUCCUUUGUUUUCUGGAUAUUUAAAAAAUAUAGGUAACCGCAUGUGUCUGGAUGUUGGUGAAAAUAACCAUGGUGGCAAACCAUUGAUUAUGUAUUCUUGUCAUGGACUCGGAGGAAACCAGGACUCGCACUCUCAAGGAAGAUGUUGGUUGGGAUCCGGCCAACGGGAGACCAAGUGUCCAGGCCUGAGCCACCUUCCCUAUCACGCUUGCAGCCUCACAGUGUGAGGUCACAGUGGCCAAUCCUGUACUGGCUAAUGCAAGUGAAUAAUAUGAUUCCAUUUGUUCAAGAGGAGCUCUCUUUGGUCCAUAGCUCUUGGAGGCAGCCAUGGUGCUCUGUUCCUUCUACAAUAUGACUUGCAAUAGAUGUCAGAUUCUGAAUCGUUCUGUCAUUACUGUAACACUAACAAAAGGAGCAUCUCCUUCCCUGCCCAGAAAUGCACACUUCUCUGUUUCCCUUAAAAGUGAUCCUUAAUAAUUAAAGGUCAGCAAAGGUCUAAAAGUUUUUAUUAGAAUAUAAUUGUUAUCUUAUGCGGAGGAGGGUGUUAAUAAUUUUUUUUUCAAUCUUAAAAGACAUUCAUUGAUGGCACUGUGAAACUUGAGACAUAUAAUCCUAGUCAGGUGAUAUGUUCUUCCUAAUAAUUUUUUGUGAGACAUGGCAUGCUAUCUAGAUUAAGAAGUACCCUAUUAUGUUAGCUUCUUACAGGAUUGAAUUUGGGGUUUUAUUCGAUUGUGGAUUAAUGCUAUUAGCCUUUUCACAUUGUCACAGUCAUUAAUUUGGGAACACUGUAGAAAGACAUUGUAUUAAGAGAUCUGUAUGCUUCUAUUCUCUUAAGUUAUCUUGGGCUAUACUAAAAUUCUGUUCUUUCAAGUGUUAUGUUUUUUGUUUCCCCUUCUGCUACAAAAUAAGUCUGAAUACCUUUAAAUGCUGGCCUUCAGAGAACUGAUUUUGCUGGUAAUGCUUAAGAGAUGCAUAUGUGCUUACUUAACCCUUCUUAUGACAAUGCUCUGUCAGUUAUCCUCUGUUCUUUACCAGACUUUCAGCUACCAGACUGUCAGUGUAGGCUGAAUAUUUUCCAUGCUGUCUUCUUCGUCUAUAUAUUGGAAAUGGGAGUAGAAAAGAGAACCUAGUUUUUAGAGCUGUACAUCAGUUGUGUAUUAUUCUUACUUUUUAGAAUAUUGGAGGCUGGAAACAUACCCAUCUCAAUAUCCAAAAUUAAUAAAGUUCUAAACAUAGUUUUCAAGUAAUUAUUUUUAGGGCUUGCAGAGAUGUCGAAGUUCCAAAAAUAAAUCAGGACAGAUUAAGUCAUCUUACCAGAUGAAGAGUAAAUUACUGUGUCUGAGAGCUAAAUGACUAAGCAGGUCACUCCUUCACUACCUGUUUUGAGGACUAAUGUUGGUCAUAAAGUCUUAAGAGUGAGAUGCCUGUUUGUUCCUCAGUGCUGUUCCCAUUGUUUCCAAGGUAGUGAGGAGGUGAUUGCUGACCACUGGAAAACAGAAGGCCAAGAAGGGUAACUGAGCCUGGCCUUAAUAUUCAAAGGAAAGAUAUGAUGAAGGUGGCUGACAUCCAGAGGCAAGAAACAGUAGCAGUGAGAUGUAAUGUUAGGGACUCUGCUGGUAAAUGUGGGAGAAAAGGAGGAGACCUAAUGUUAGGUUAGGGCUGAAGGGGCAAAAGAACAGCUGUGUCUGUAACUUUUAGAAGUAAAUCCCUGUUAGGGUCAGGCUUACAGGUGACCUUAGGAGUACUCUGCUGUCAGGAAAUCAUGGUAAAAUGAGCUCACAAAAUACAUGCUUAUAAUUUUCUAAUGGUUACCUCACAGGAGGAUAUAACAGCAUCCUAUUGUUCACAUUUAUUGUUUAGAUCAAGCAGCAAAAGUUGGCAUACAGCAAUCAGCAUUGUUUUGUGUGACAACCUUUCUUUUUGGUUGUUCUAAGAAAAACCAAAAUCUAGCAACAGAAUUAAAUAAAGAUUUUUAGUUAACUUAAA